AUAGACGAAAGGUCACCACAAAUUCUAAGUCGAUUCGCCUUUGCCUUGGUAAGCACAGAUCCAAAGCCAUACAUCAUGUCUAAGAUUGCCCUCGCUAUCCUGGCCCUCGCCGUUCUCUCCAUGAGCGCACAAGCCAGCUUCUACGGCGGUUUAGGCGGUCUGGGCUACGGUGGAUUCGGUGGUCUCUAUGGCGGAUUCGGAGGACUUGGAUUCGGUGGACUUGGAUACGGCGGUCUUGGUUUCGGCGGUUUCGGAUACGGCGGUUUGGGAUUUGGAGGUCUUGGAUACGGAGGUUUGGGAUAUGGAUUCGGCAAAAGUCUCUACUACUAAAUUCGGCGCUUUGUUAGAUAAGGACUAAAAUUAAUUCAAAAUUGAUUUGAACUGUGUUUGGUAUUGAAACUUCAUUAGAAUAUAAUAAAUAAAAAAGUCUUUUAAUAAUGGUGUUCGUUAUGUUGUAUAU